CCGCGCCGCCGCAGCAGCAGCCACCAGCCAUGUCGGGCGGCGGCCGCCGAGGCUGGAGCCCGUUCGACGCGAUCCGCAGCUUCCCGUCGGCGCCCGAGUCCCUCAUGUCCCAGAUCGACGCCGCCAUCGCCUCCACCGAGUACGCCCGCGCCUGCGCCCACCUCGACCCCGCCUCCGCCUCCGCCUCCUCGCGGCCGCCUCCUCCAUCGGAGGAACGGGAGGAGGCGUCGUCCGCCGCGCGGGCUCCUCCUCCCCCUCACGACGCGCGGGUCGCCGACGAGGCGUACCGUGCGGCGUGCGCCGCGCUCGGUGCCGGGCGGCCGGACGCGGCCGUGCGGUCGCUGCGGGUGGCGCUGGCGAGCUGCCCGCCGGAGAAGGCCGCGGCCGUGGCCAAGGUCAGGUCGAUGCUGGCCAUCGCGUCCGCGCAGCUGCACCGGCAGCAGCACCAGGCUCAGCAGCAGCAGAGCGGCAGGAAAUGAGAUUUGUAAUCACCCGGAGUAUUUCAUUUCUACCGGAUUGGCCUCCUCUGUUUCGAUUCUGAACUACUCCUAGUUAGUACUCCCCAGCUGCGUGGAGUUGUAAUGCAGAAAAAAACAUCUCGGCGAUCUUGUUACACAACAGUUCGAUUCCCGCAUAAAUCAAGAAGAAAAAGUUCGUAUGUCC